AUGCCCGCAGCUCCAAACAUCUCCGAACUACGAGCGGAUAUAAAGAACUGGGAACGUGCCUUCAAGGCGAAAAAUGCACGCGAUCCAACAAUUGACGACAUUAAACUCCAGCCUCACAUUGCCGACAAGUACAAGCUGUAUAAGAAACUCUCUAAGCUUGCAGUUACCCCGUCUACGCCUCCGAGGCUUCCGUCCCCUGACCAUCCGUUGACCCUGCCAGCCACUCGUCCAAUCGUGCAGACCGCUCCCCUCUCUACAUUCAACCCCUUUUCUCCUCAUAAAAUGAAAAAAGAAAAGGCAAAAGCUACCGCAGAGCAAGAGUUAUCGCCAAACCCAUUUAGUAAAUCUCGCUUGCACGACAGCUCAAGUCCAUCUCUGGAGCUGUUUCCUCCCCGCUUUGCUUCUGACCCCACCACCUCCAUAUCCCCGCCAUAUCCUUCAACAGCUAUGUCGCGUGCAAGAAAACGCCUUCGUGGAGAACCCGUCUCCCCGUCCCCAAGUAAGGAAAAACGGCGACGCGUAAUUUCCCAAACUUCCCUCCCCUUUCCGCGCUUCCAGUCUAGGACAAACAGUGACAAUUUCGGUUGCGAAGGUGAAGAAGAAGUCUUGAACGAUUCAUCCUUUGUAGACAACUCCCCUUUGAAGCCACAUGCAAAGGGAAAACAUUUCGCACCCUUGUUCAACGCGAGAAAUGCCCCCAUAGACGACCUAUCAAAGAUAAAGGCAUUUACUAAUGAUUCAAGGGGCGGUCUCGAUAUAUUCCACAAUACCGUCCCAGAAUCACGGAUGACUACAUCUGGUCCAUUGGAUCUGACGGCGUCUGGAGAAUUGACGGACGGGAACCCUUCGGCUAGUUCACAGAGACCGAGGAGCAGCUCAGUGAAAACUUUGAUCCCCUUGUACACUCAAAAAUCGCAUUCGCACGAUGCCGACACAACAGCGACUAGAGAUAUUCGCUCAUCACGCAAGCGCUCCAUUUCUGACGCCGAGAAAAAUCCAUUCAUUGUCCAAGAGACUCGUCCUCAAUCAAAGCCGCGCCUUCUACCUCCAUCUCCUCCCGCAGCUUCUGGUUCCUCGGCUGCCAGUAAGAAGACGCAAGGGAAGGCUAAUGAUACCAGAAAGAAAGCGAAACUGGCAAACAACACCGAAAUCGAUGGAGAAAGCGAAAGCGAAGUAGACCUGCUAGUCCACAAGGGUGGACUGAAACUGAUUGAUCGGUCACACACGCGAGCUGCGCGCACAAGCAGACAAGGAUAUGAUGACGAACACAUCGGACUUGAUUCGGACCCCAUUUUAGUCUAUGCCCGUUUGACAGGUCCUCAUGGUCAGAGCAUCCCUACAACUAGACAUCCGCAGGACGGCAAAUUCGAGGUUGACCUCCCUGAUAAACUUCGGCGCGUGUUGUCCUUGGGGUAUGUUGAUGCUAAGUGGAGAGAUUGUCAAGAGGCUCAAGUCGCUAAGAGCGUGUUGUAUGGACGAAAACUCGCGCACUACAACCCAGACAAAGGUGGAGAGAUUUGGGACAUUGGAGAAAAUGACGUGACGGAUGGGGACGAGAGUACAAGAACAAAUGUGGAAGUUGAAGAUGACUGGGAAGGCGAACCAGUGCCUUGGGAAGUAGGAGAGCUUUAG